ACAAUGGCGAUAGCAGCCAACAUUCAAGAUUACGUGGCUAUCAAGCGUAACGAAGAGGCGGAGAAAGCGGAGGAAGCAUUUUAUAAAUUUUUGAGCGAGUUUAAAAAAGGUGACAAAUUCGUCUAUCAAGAUUUAGUGAAGGAAAUUGGCGAUCCGGAAAGAAACACGCUGCCCGUCGACUUCCUGGAAUUGGAGCAGUUUAAUUCAGCGCUUUCUCUUAUCAUAAUCCAGAAUUAUUAUGAAGUGUACCCGUAUUUAUGCAGGGCAGUGCUGAAUUACGCUCGCACGCUGCGCGUCAACGAAGAGCCAGUGAUCAUUGUAAAAAAGCAGAUUUACGUCAGUUUCGAAAAUGUUCCUGCCAGACACAGAUUGCGAGAACUUACCUCGGACAAGUUGGGAACCUUGCUUCGAAUCACCGCUCAGAUUAUUCGUACCCAUCCGGUUCAUCCGGAAUUGUCGCAGGGGACGUUUGUUUGUGCUGAAUGCAAUGCAGUGAUUACCGGAAUCGAGCAGCAGUUCAAAUAUACACAGCCGACCAAGUGCGUGAAUCCGGUGUGUCAGAACCGUACCCGCUUCAAACUUGAUGUGAGACGGUCGACUUUUGUUGACUUUCAGAAGAUCCGCGUACAGGAGAUUCAAAGCGAACUGCCUCAUGGCAGUGUUCCCAGGAGGCAGGUCAUUUUGGAGAUAAUUGUUCGUGGCGAAUGCGUUGAACUGCCACAACCCGGAGAUCGUUGCGAUUUCACUGGUACCCUCAUAGUGGUGCCGGACGUUUCUCAACUUUCUGUUCCGGGUGCUCGUGCGGAAAGCAGUGCGCGUCACCGUGGUCAGGAAGGCUAUCAGGCGGAGGGUGUCGGAGGUUUGCGGUCGUUGGGUGUCAGGGACUUGAAUUACCGCUUGGCAUUUCUCGCCUGCUCGGUGUGUGCGUCCUGCUAUCGGUUUGGCGGCAGUCGUCUGAGCGAAAUAGAGAUGACGCCCGAAUGGGCAAAGGAACACAUGAGCGCCGACGAACUAGCAAAAAUAUGCGAAAUGAUCGCCGACAAAGAUUUGUAUACGAAUCUGAUCAACAGUUUGUUCCCCUCCAUCUACGGUAACGAAGAAAUUAAGCGUGGAAUACUGCUGAUGUUAUUUGGAGGAGUGCGCAAAGUGACGACGGAAGGGACCAGUCUUAGAGGAGACAUCAACGUGUGUAUCAUUGGCGAUCCGAGCACUGCCAAGAGCCAGUUCUUAAAGCAGGUCGAAGAGUUUUGCCCACGUUCAGUCUAUACAAGCGGUAAGGCCAGCAGUGCAGCCGGUUUGACCGCUGCCGUAGUGAAAGACGAGGAGUCGUUCGAGUUUGUCAUCGAAGCGGGUGCUUUAAUGUUAGCAGAUAAUGGUGUGUGCUGUAUUGACGAAUUUGACAAAAUGGACCUCAAGGACCAGGUGGCUAUUCACGAGGCGAUGGAACAACAGACAAUAUCGAUAGCAAAAGCAGGAGUCAAGGCUACUCUAAAUGCGCGAACUUCGAUCCUUGCAGCGGCGAAUCCGGUCGGCGGAAGGUACGACCAGUCCAAGUCCCUGCUUCAGAACAUUAGCUUGUCUGCACCGCUCAUGUCCCGAUUCGACCUGUUCUUCAUUCUUCUCGACCAGUGUAACGAGCUUACGCCAGAAGCUGCCGAUUGCCUUGUAGCAAGCUACAAACGUCUCCGUCUACGUGACAGCAGCGGUGCAGCGUGGUCUUCUUGGCGAGUGACCGUUAGGCAGUUGGAAUCCAUGAUCAGGCUUUCUGAAGCGGUGGCUCGGAUGUACUGUUGCGCAGACGUUGAAGUUCGACACGUGAAGGAGGCCUGCAGACUUUUGAACAAGACGAUGAUACACGUAGAGCAACCAGACGUAGAUUUUGACGAGGAGGAACUAGCUGCCGGUGGCACUGUUUCUCAGAACGUUUCGCGCGUUUUGUCUGGUCCAGGUUUAAUUCUAUAUUUUAGCUAUGUAAAUCAGCUUAUUCUGUUUUAG